CACUUGACGGUUACAACCCGCCUUCAGCUGGUGCAGAGCGAGGCGAAGGCGUCCCGAGGGAGAACCUGAUGGAGAAAAAGGAUUUGUCCAUGGACUAGGAAAUGGGUUAUGCUCAGUGUGGUCCAUUUGACAGUGGUUGGAGCAACUGGUUAUGUGCUUGGAUACACUUGAGCCUGUGGCUGUCAGACCUGAGGGUGUAAAGAUGGAAACAUAUCCCUGAGAAUGUAAUGGUUGAGAGGUGGUGAAUGACUUGAUGGGGUUGAAGGUAUCCAAAACACAAAUGAUAAAGCAAGACAACAGUGAAAUGAUGACUGGAAAGCUGGAAGAAGAGGAGUUGCGUGGAACAAUGAAGUAAAGAGAAAGCAGCGGAUAAAAGUUGCCUCCUGGGUGAAAGAGUCUAAAUGGGUGAUCCAGAGAAAGGAAAGAAAAUUUUUGUUCAAAAGUGUGCUGUAUGCCACACAAUUGAAAAAGAUGGAAAGCAUAUGGUUGGCCCAAACCUCUGGGGUCUUUUUGGGCGUAAGACUGGUAGUUCUCCAGGAUAUACAUACACUGAUGCAAACAAAAAUAAAGGCAUAACAUGGGGAGAAAGCACUCUAAUGGAAUAUUUGGAGAACCCCAAAAAAUACAUUCCUGGAACAAAAAUGCUGUUUGCUGGAAUCAAGAAGAAAAGUGAACGUGCUGACCUUAUUGCUUAUUUAAAAAAAGCAUCAUCAUAGUAAAAGCU